AUGUCGGGUGUGCCAGUGGAGCCACCCACACGCGACACAAACACCCCACCUCUUGCCUGGGCAGUGUUUACCAGCUCCCUUUUCUCACAGCUGUUUGAAUUCGGCCUCAGAGUGCGGGGGCUUAGGCUGGAACUGCUGGGGAAGGAGGCGAGGAACUUCAUUCCUGCCCAGUUGUUGGAGGAAGGCUCCACACCACGGGAAGAACAUUUGAUGCUGGUCACUGGGUUUAUGAUGUUCAACGCUGUUUUGAACGCUGGAGGGAAACCUAUUUAUUCAGUUGAUGACGAUGAGACAUCUCUGUCCAGUCUGGAGAUUAUCAUGCCACGUGAUUUGGCAGAUGGGUUCGUCAAUAAUAAACGAGAGAGCUACAAGUUCAAAUUUCAGAGAAUUUUUGAUCAAGAGGCAAAACAAGAUGUGAUUUUUGACAGCAUUGCCAAACCAGUAGCAGAAUGUGUUUUGGCGGGAUACAAUGGUACUGUCUUUGCAUAUGGUCAGACAGGUAGUGGCAAAACUUUUACCAUCACAGGAGGAGCAGAACGUUACAGUGAUCGAGGCAUCAUUCCCAGGACUCUAUCUUAUAUUUUUGAUCAGUUGCAGAAGGAUAGCAGUAAAGUGUAUACAACUCAUGUGUCCUACUUAGAAAUCUACAAUGAAUGUGGUUAUGAUCUGCUGGACCCAAGGCAUGAGGCCUCCAGAUUGGAAGAUUUGCCAAAAGUGACAAUAAUGGAGGAUGCUGAUCAGAACAUUCAUCUGAAAAACUUGUCUCUUCAGCAAGCAACGAGUGAAGAGGAAGCCUUAAACUUGCUCUUCAUGGGAGACACCAACAGAAUGAUUGCUGAGACUCCAAUGAAUCAAGCCUCAACCCGCUCUCACUGCAUUUUCACUAUUCACAUCUCCAGCAAGGAACCUGGAUCUGCAACUAUUCGACGCUCCAAGUUACACUUAGUAGACCUUGCUGGAUCAGAGCGUGUUGCAAAGACUGGAGUUGGAGGUCACUUGUUGACAGAAGCCAAAUAUAUCAACCUAUCAUUACAUUAUUUGGAACAGGUAAUAAUUGCCCUUGCAGAGAAAAACCGGUCCCACAUUCCUUACCGAAACUCUAUGAUGACCUCAGUGCUAAGAGACAGUCUGGGAGGAAACUGCAUGACUACCAUGAUAGCAACACUCUCUAUCGACAAAAGAAACAUAGAUGAAUCUAUAGCAACCUGCAGAUUUGCACAGAGAGUUGCUCUUAUUAAGAAUGAAGCAGUUCUUAAUGAAGAAAUUGACCCCAGAUUGAUGAUUGUCCAGCUGAAAAAGGAGAUCCAGGAGUUGAAGGAUGAGCUGGCACUGGUGACUGGCAAGCAAAGAACGUCAGAGCUUUCACAAGAAGAGCUACUUCAGUUGGAUGAGUUAAUUGAAACAUUUCUUGAAGAUAAUGAUCCUGAUAGCACUCUGGAUGUUGGUGCUGACAUGCGCAAGAUCAAGUAUUGCUUCGUUCAUGUGAAGCAAUUAAUGAAGCAUUCAAAGACUUCUGAUAAAAAACUGUUCUUGCAACACAGCUCUGAAGAAAAAGACACUAACAAAGAAGCAGGAGAAGAAGAACUGAAAAAACUGAAAGACCUUCUGCAACAAAGAGACAAUGAAAUCAAUAUUCUGGUAAAUAUGCUAAAAAAGGAAAAAAAGAAAACACAAGAUGCUCUUUUCCAGCUUAAUGCUGCCUCUGCUGGUUCUAUAGUCUUGGAGCAAUCUGUUUCUACACACUUGGAAGAAAGUCAGAGCCCAUCUAGCUGUCUGAAAGAGGCAGAAGAUGUCAGCUCUUCAGUUCACAGACUGCCUUUUCUUUCCAGACAAACAGGAGGAAAGAUGUCACUUGGAUGUUGGGAAGCUUUUGAAGUUUUCAAGAGGGACCAUGCUGAUGGUAUAACCAUUGAAGACAGCAAACAGCUUCUAAAACAGAGGUUUGCCGAAGCUAAAUGCCUUGGAGACAAAUUAAAUGAAGUGAGAAAUAAAAUAAACCAUCUGAAAGGAGAAAUAACCCAAAGGCGCAUUCAGAGGGCAGCUCUAGCUGUUUCCAGUCCUUCUGAAGAGCUCAAUACACUUGAUCCAGUGGAGGAAAACCUUCGAAUGCAAAUUGAAGAAGAAAAAAAAAGUUAUAAAACAAUGUUCAAUCGCUUGAAAGGGCUAAAAGUAGAGAUUGAGCACCUGCAGCUUCUUAUGGAAAAAGCCAUGAUGAAGCUGCAAAAAGACUUUGAAGUCUGGUGGUCUGAAGAGGCAAUAAGUCUAAAGGUCCAGCAGGAGAAGCCAGAGAUGGUUAGAUCACCAAAUACUCUGACUGUUUAUCCCCAGUUUGUCAAAUCCUCACAGCUUCUAUCAACUAACAGUUUUUCAGAGACCACAAGAGUCAGCCCUAGUGAAGAUCCAGCUGGGAAAAACAAUUCAAUCACUUCUAGUAACCCAGCUUUAAAAACAAGGACCCCACCAAGUUCCAGUACAUCUAUUUCUCUGACUGGAGACACCCAGGCUGAUGCUGACAUCCAAGCUUUCAUGAAAGCAAGACAGAACAUCCUGCAAAAGACAGGUAAUGCCCAUUGUCUGUCUUCCUCUCACAAGCGACACUGUCAAAAGCCUGGCUCCAUCUUCUUGAUAGCCUUCUCACAGGUGUUGGAAGGCUACUGA